AAACGUGUCACCUGUUGACCGAGACUAGAAACAAUAUGUGAACAAAUAUAUACCAUUCGACGAGCUGUCGUAACCGAGUGACUACAGUUACGGGAGAAGAGAAUCGACUAAUUUCACCUUCCUAUAAAUGUACAAAUAUUUAAUCAACCUUCUAUACAUAUCUUAAAUAUAAAGUGUCAAAAGUGGAGCAUUAAGACUGGAAGCAUAUGUAGAAAUGAGCAAUGUUACUAACAAAACAGAAGCGGGCUAUGAUUAUCUUAUCAAGUUUUUAACGUUGGGUGAUUCUGGUGUAGGAAAGACAAGUGUUUUAUUUCAAUACACUGAUAACAGUUUCAAUAGGAAAUUUAUAUCAACCGUUGGUAUUGAUUUUGUAGAAAAAAGUGUGGUAUAUCGUUCACAACAUGCUGAUGGAAUUACAGGUAGAAGUCAGAGAAUUCAUCUUCAAAUAUGGGAUACAGCGGGCCAAGAAAGAUAUCGCGGCUUGACGACAGGAUUUUAUCGUGAUGCGAUGGGUUUUCUAUUACUGUUCGACUUAACGAAUCAAACUUCGUUUUUAAAUGUUCGAAACUGGUUAGAAGAACUGAAAGUUCAUGCCUACUGUGAAGAUCCGGAUAUAGUGCUGUGCGGCAACAAGGCUGAUCUAGAAAAUGAAAGAGCCAUAUCUGAGGAACAAGCAAAAGAAGAAGCUAGCAAAUAUGGAGUCCCUUAUUUCGAAACGAGUGCUGCCACAGGACAGAAUGUGGCAAAAGUAUUCGAAACUUUGUUAGAUACAGUGAUGAAGAGAAUACAAAGAACUGUAGAUAAUGCUCAUCUUCCCGGAAGAAUAAGAGGUAGGGCAGGAUUGAAGAUGGAUACUGGAGAAUUGGUGCAGUCUGAAAAAAGUUGUGGAUGUUGAAAUCCCUAUCGGAUCUAGUCAUUAUGGUGAUUGCAUUAUCGGUACAAUUAGUCUUGUGCCGUUCUUUGUUAAAAUUAUACAAAUAAAGAAACUGCCUUUUAAAAUCUG